AGUGCUCCUUAUAUGUAGUUAUAAGAGUAGAGCAUUGGGGUGGAAGGUGCAGUUUCUCAUUUUUUAGCUGCUUCUUGGUUGAUUAGGAGUAGAGAGAGAGCGAGAGAGAGAGAGAGAGAGAGAGAGAGAGAGAUAAUAUAUCAGAAAUGGAACGGAAGUUGUAUGGGCUGGGACACCUUUUCAUGUCGAUAUUCCUCCACACCUACUCGACGUUCAUGGUGGUUCCGGCAAUCACCGACGUGACUAUGUCUGCGCUUUGUCCCGGAAAAGAUGAAUGCUCACUUGCUAUAUACCUCACUGGCUUUCAACAAGUGAUCAUAGGGCUAGGAACACUCGUGAUGAUGCCUAUCGUAGGGAAACUCUCUGACAAAUAUGGAAGGAAAUCUUUGCUCACAAUGCCAAUGGCUUUUACCAUUAUUCCCUUGGGCAUAUUAGCGUGUAGCAGGACAAGAAAUUUCAUCUACGCCUACUACGCCUUCAAGACUCUUUUUGCAAUGAUUUCUGACGGCAGCGUUCACUGUCUUGCUCUCGCCUAUGUGGCUGAUAAUGUUCCCGAAGCUCGACGAGCCUCAGCGUUCGGAAUCCUGUCGGGAAUUAGCUCGUGCGGUUUCGUCUGCGGAACCCUAACGGCCCGUUUCCUCUCCACUGCCUCCACUUUCCAGGUUGCGGCAUCGCUUGCGGUGGUUUCGUUGGUGUAUAUGAGGGUUUUCCUGCCAGAUUCGGUCAUUGAUGACAAUCUUUCGGUUCCAAUCAUGUCGACGGAAAAGCCGAAUGCUAAGGAAUUGGUCAAAGAUUCAAGUAAGAAAGAGAAUCUCUUCAAAUCGAUGCCUUCGGCCGAUGAUAUGGUCGCGUUGUUGAACACCAGUCCGACAUUUUCGAAAGCUGCGGUUGUUGCAUUUUUCAGCAAUUUGGCGGACGUGGGUCUUCAUUCUUCAAUGAUGUACUACUUAAAGGCUGAGUUUCACUUUAACAAGGAUCAAUUUGCUGAUCUAAUGGUGAUUUCUGGGAUCGCAGGGACUAUCUCGCAGUUCAUUCUCAUGCCCAUAUUAGCUCCUCUUCUAGGAGAGGAGAGGUUGCUUUCAGUAGGGCUCCUUUUUAGCUGUGCACAUACGUUCGUUUAUAGCCUUGCAUGGUCCUUCUGGGUUCCUUACGCAGCUGCUAUGUUUUCCAUAUUUUCUGUGUUCGUACAACCAUGUAUGCGGAGUAUUGUGUCCAAACAAGUGGGUUCCCAUGAGCAGGGGAAGGCUCAAGGGUGCAUUUCAGGCAUAGGUUCAUUAGCAAAUGUAAUUUCUCCAUUGGCUUUCUCUCCUCUAACAGCUCUAUUCCUCUCUGACAAGGCACCGUUUGAUUUCCCUGGUUUUAGUAUCAUGUGCAUUGGAUUUUCAUCGAUGAUAGCCUUCAUUCAGAGUGUGAUGAUAAGGGCGGCACCUGCUAUCUCAAAUCAUAGAAUCAGCAACUGCAAUCACGUGGAGCCCUAGUUUUGUAGCACGUCAAAUGGCUUAGUUUUGUAGCUGGUCCUACUGCAAGUACUUCUCCAGAGUUGCCUUAGUGCGCGGUAAAGAAACAUCAACACUGGAGCUCCAUCAACGUGUUAUUAAAUACAUCAGAAAAUGCCCCUCCUCCUUUUUUUGUUUUAAUUAUUAUUAUUAUUAUGUUUUAAGUUAAAGCAAGAUGUUAGUCCGUGAGGUGAUUAAGUGAGGAGGCUAGAAAUAUGUAAUAUAUGUAAUUUAUUUAGUUUUUAUUCCUGUCGUCUUAACUUUUCCUUAAAGUCUGUAACAUAAGACUUUGCCAACCGUAUCUGAUGUAUAAUAUCAGAUCUAGUUUCUUUUUUUUUU